AUGCGUGAGUGGUGCGUUGAAGGGAAUGAUUCCGCGGUCAUUGGGAAGCCGACUUGCAACAUACAGUAUCUCGCGGAGAUGAAUACCGCCGCCGUCGCAAUUGCGUAUACGUCAUGGUCCUUUCAUCCUACACCACAAGUUCCACGCACAGCACGUAAGGACCAUCGGCCUUCUGACUCGCCAUACGUCACUUUUGCCUCCCCCUGGCUCUCCAAUCUACGCAAGUCUGUACCAGUUUCAUCUAUCGCGCUCUCGGUACACGGCAUUGGUUCGCCGAACACCUCAACGCUCGAGUAUCAUUUGCUCGGCGUUGAGAUGACCAUCUGA